AUGUCUGACCAAAACGAGAAGACAAUCCAACCUGAAGCGCCCAAUGUGGCCGACACACCUGAUGUCAAGGAGGUGGUGGAUAAGAUAGCGGAUGCCGCCCCCAGUGCGGAUCCGAGGGAUAUUGACAGGACCGACUUGCUCGCAGGCGUGAAGAAGGUUGACCAGACAAUCCUGAGGCUGAACAAACUCCUAGCUUCCCCAGGCGGCCUCUCCGCAUUCCUCUCCACAUUCAACUACACCCUCUACAUCCUCGCGUACGUGCAGACCAAGUCGCCCUCCGUCUCCGGCUUUGCCACCAAGCUGCUGUCCCUCAUCCGCCCGGCCUGCGACGACACCAAGAUCUCCGCGGCCACACUCGUGAACAAUGGCACCGUGCCGCCCAUCGCUGCGCUCGCAGUCCUCAUCUCCAAGGCGCGCACAACGCUGAGACUGUUCGGCCUCUUCCCGCUAUACGCGUGGCUGCGCUCGCUAGCCUCAGGCCCCAAGGCUGGCACAGAUGUCGUUCUGCAUAGAAUCGCCAUGCUGCAGGCGAGCAGCUACUUCUCCUACCAAGCGCUAGAGAACAUCUCCCUCCUCGCUGACUCAGGCGUCAUCGGACCCCGCUUCAUAUCCACCCUGAACCGCGGCGACUCCAAAACUGCGCGUCUAUACCUGUACGCCUACCGCUGUUGGCUGGGUGGCGUGUCAUGCGACUUCCUUCGCUUGAUGCGCGAGUGGCAGCUCGAGAGUCGCAGGAGGGUGACUAGGAAGCAGAUGGUCGCUGAUGGCCGGGCAGUAGCAGAAUACCAGGAAGAAGAAGAUAACAAGUUUGACAACCGGUGGUGGACCGACUUUGUCAUCGCGAGUGCGUGGUUGCCCAUGGCGCUACAUUUCAGCAGCGCCACUGGUGGUCUGCCGGGCUGGAACCUGGGUUGGAUGGGCGCCUGCGGUUUGGUUGCUGGCAGUACGAGGUUCAAGGCACUCUGGGCGAUGGUAUUCUCGCUUAGUACCUAUAGCAUCCAAAGGCGCGCCUUAGAGAUGGAUGGCAAUGAUGAUCUUCGAGAUGCGAGAUUGCAGAAGCUCUGGGAUAUGAGGCUAGAGGGAGAUGGUUUCAGCAUCGUCGAAGCCAGUAUCGAUGACUACCGGAAAGCCUUCGACAAACAACAAGUCACCAGUGUUGACAUCGUCAUCAGCUGCCUGAAUCGCAUUGCACAGUAUGACACCAUCCAAGGUUUGAAUGCUUUCACAGUCCUCAACGAGAACGUUCUCCAGGAUGCAGCAGCAUCGGAUGCACGUCGAGCACAGGGACUGAAACCCCGUCCACUAGAAGGCAUACCGUACACAAUCAAGGACAGCUACAAAGUGGCUGGCAUGACAGUCACUGAUGGCUCCCCUGCUCUCAAAGGCGUCAUGUCAAGCGGCGAUUCUGCUAUUGCGGAGAAGCUUCGGGCUGCCGGGGCAAUCUUGAUUGGAAAGACUAACAUGCCACCGAUGGCUGCAGGUGGUAUGCAAAGAGGUAUGUAUGGUCGUGCGGAAUCACCUUACAACUCCAAGUAUCUUACUGGAGCCUUCUCCUCUGGUUCAUCGAAUGGCGCCGCAACUUCUGUAGCUUCAAGCAUGGCAGCUUUUGGUAUGGGCAGCGAAACUGUCAGCAGCGGUCGAAGUCCGGCGUCAAACAAUGCGAUUGUCUGCUAUACCCCAUCAAAGGGACUGCUCAGCUGUCGUGGACUGUGGCCGUUAUAUAUCACAUGCGAUGUGCCCACGCCUUAUGCGCGAUCGGUCGAUGACAUGUUGGAGAUACUGAAUGUUAUCGCUACGCCUGACGAAGACACAACCGGAGAUUUCAUACGCGAACAGAGACACGUUCAAAUACCUCAACCGCCUUCAAUCAACUACACAGAUCUGCGCAACACCGAUGCGUUACGGGGGAAGAGAAUCGGUGUGCCAAAAAUAUACGUUGGUCAAAAAGAUUUGGAUCCGCAUGCAAAACACACUCACGUCUCAUCGGAAGUGAUCGCAUUAUGGGAACAGACAGCCAAAGAUCUUGGCUCUUUGGGAGCAGAGAUUGUUUACACCGACUUCCCUCUGAUAACGAACUACGAGAAUGACUCAGUAUCGGGUGAGGCCAACAACGUCGAUGGUCGGCCUGCAAACUGGAAUCUCCUCGAGCGAGGUAUUCUCAUCGCUCAGGCUUGGAACGCUUUCCUCGAAGACAACAAUGACCCCAAUAUCAAUUGUUUAGCCGACAUCAAAGAUCCGUCAAUGCUGUUCCCAAAACCACCCGACUACAAACCUGACCGCUUCCUCGAAGUAAGGAACUGGAUUGAUUACCCCGGUCUACCCAAUAUGGUGCAGAAUGGAAGUAUACAUGACAUCCAAGGCAUGGAGCAAGCUCUAAAAGCCCUUGAAGCUCAAAGAAAACGUGAUCUGGAAGACUGGAUGGACAAGAAUGAACUCGAUGUUGUUGCGUUCCCAGCGCAGGGCGAUGUCGGUCUUGCAGAUCUCGAAUUCGAUAUUGACAGCACGACGCAUAGUCUCCAGAACGGUGUCAAGUACUCCAACGGCAACCGCGCCAUCAGGCAUCUUGGUGUACCUACUGUGAGUGUACCGAUGGGUGUUAUGAGUGAGAAGAAGAUGCCUGUGAACAUCACUUUUGCUGGCAAAGCAUACAAAGACACCAAACUACUAGAGUAUGCGUACGCUUUCGAAAGCGCUACAAAGAAGCGUAUACCUCCACCCCUCACGCCCGCUCUACCCACCGACAUUAUUGCCCAUGCACUUCCAUUGCCAACUGAAGACAAGCACAUCAUCGAAUCUGUAACAGCCGUUGUCAAAUCUUUGGGAGACUCUAAUAACGUUAACAACGAACUUUCUCUGAGCAUGGACGGAACCUUAUAUGAGCCUGCGUCAGAGACUCUGCUCCAAGUCUUUUUGGACGAUCAUGUGGUGCACACUUCGGUGAUCGAAAGCGCAAAGUGGAGUUUCUCAAUCUCAUAUGCACUCAAGAGACCGGAAAUUCUGGGUUGGGAUCUCAAACCACUUCCAAAAAAGGAUCUUAUGAUCAUCGUGGUUGUGAAAAGGUUGGAUGGUGAUGAAGGUAUCAAGAAGGAGUCGAAGUUGCUGACAGUACCUGUUGAUAGGGCUGCCGAGGUGUCUGUUCGGGACGGUGCAUGA